AUGGCUUCCUUCUGCACCCGCUCAUGCCAGCCUCUGGACAUCGCCAAGGCUCACGGAGAAGGAGAUGUCUGUGUCUUCCCCGCUGAUGUUGGGGGCGAGCCUGUGGUUGAAGCCAAGGCUGCCUCCCUGGGCCUCUCAGCCACCCUGGCCCAUGCUACCCACGUCCGCGUGGGGUCGACCCCUCUGGGCCGACCCAGCCUCUGUCUGCCCCUCAGCUGCAACACCGCUUGCCCCUUGCCAGGGACCUGCCACAUUCCCGGCAACAUCGGAGUCUGCGGCCCCUACGGCGAAGGCUCCCUGAACGGGCACGAGAAGGAGACCAUGCAGUUCCUGAACGACCGCCUGGCCAACUACCUGCAGAAGGUGCGCCAGCUGGAGCGGGAGAACGCGGAACUGGAGACUAACAUCCGGGAGUGGAGCCGAUGCCAUGAGACCACCGUGUGCCCCAACUACCAGUGCUACUUCCGGACCAUCGAGGAGCUGCAGCAGAAGAUCCUGUGCAGCAAGGCUGAGAAUGCCAGGCUGGUUACCCAAAUUGACAAUGCGAAGCUGGCUGCGGAUGAUUUUAGAAUCAAGCACGAGAGCGAGCGCUCCCUGCGCCUCCUGGUGGAGGCGGACAUGUGCGGGACGCACAAGCUCCUGGAUGACCUGAGCUUGGCCAAGGCUGACCUGGAGGCCCAGCAGGAGUCCCUGAAGCAGGAGCAGCUCUGCCUCAGGAGCAGCCACGAGCAGGAAGUGAACACUCUGAAGUGCCAGCUGGGAGACAGGCUCCGCAUUGAGCUGGACACGGAGCCCUCCGUGGACCUGAGCCGGGUGCUGGAGGAGAUGCGGUGCCAGUACGAGGCCAUGGUGGAGACCAACCGCCGUGACGUGGAGCAGUGGUUCCAAGCCCAGUCCGAGGGCAUCAGCCUGCAGGCCAUGUCCUGCUCUGAGGAGCUGCAGUGCUGCCAGUCGGAGAUCCUGGAGCUGAGGUGCACGGUGAACGCCCUGGAGGUGGAGCGCCAAGCCCAGCACAACCUGAAAGACUGUCUGCAGAACUCCCUGUGUGAGUCUGAGGCCCGCUACGGCACCGAGCUGGCGCAGAUGCAGAGCCUGAUCAGCACUGUGGAGGAGCAGCUGGCGGAGAUCCGGGCCGACCUGGAGCGGCAGAACCAGGAGUACCAGGUGCUGCUGGAUACAAAGGCCCGGCUGGAGGACGAGAUCAGCACGUACCAGAACCUGCUCGAGAGCGAGGACUGCAAACUUCCCUGCAAUCCCUGCUCUACACCCGCCUCCUGCACCCUUCGUCCCAGCUGUGCCCCGCCCGCCUGUGGGCCUUCCUCAGCCGGCGGAGCCUGUGCUGGGGGCUCAUUCUGA